AUGUUACUCAGCAGUAUCAAAGCAACCAAAAGCUCUAUAUGGUUCAGACGGCAGUUACCAAGGUCAGUUGCUUGCAGAUGCUUCCACCGAUCAGCUUUGCAAUUCAAAAAAGCAGCAGAAGCUGAAGUACAAGAGGACAACUUCGCUCUCAACAGAUUCACACAUAGUGUCAAAUUUCUGAAAUCCUCUUUACUAAAUGCUCCACCUCUUCGUAAGCUCACACAACCGAACGUUGAAACACUACCCUUUACUGGUCAGGCAGAUAAUUGGGAAGAUGCUAUUAAAGAAGCCCAUAGUCUUGUCAGCUCGGCCGACCAAGAGAGAAUAUUUGAUCCUGUCAAAUUGAUCGGCAAAGACCUAAGAGAAUUAAAAAGAAAUAUUACGAGCCUGUUAGGUUCAGGCCAUCCAUUUAUCGAUACAAUGCGAAAACAUUAUCUGCAAAAUGAUACCCAUCGAUUGAGGCCGUUGUUGGUACUUUUGAUGGCAAAAGCUACUUGCAACGCAACAAAGAAACCAGAAAAGCAAAUGCUACAAGAAACAGGCGAAGACGAGCAAAACAUAGAUUUCACCAGUCUUGAAAACCCUAUACUACCUUCACAAAGAAAAUUAGCAGAAAUAUCAGAACUGAUAUAUACAUCUUCUCUACUUCAUUAUGAUGUUAGAGAGACAGGGGGACAAAUGGUUACUGCAGGAUUCGGCAAUAAAAUGGCUAUUUUGGCAGGCGACUUCUUACUGGCGAGAGCGUCAGUGAAUUUAGCACAACUGAAAAAAGCAGAGUGUAUAGAAUUGAUGGCUACUUGUCUUGCGAAUCUGGCCGAAGGAGAAUUUAUCCAAUAUAAGGAUAUCUAUGAAAGGAAUUUAGAUGCUAAGAAAGCGCUCGAUUACUAUACGGAAAAGAUCUAUAUGAAAACUAGUAGUUUGAUUGCUCAAAGUUGUAAAGCCUCAUCUGUAUUGGCUGGAUGUUCCGAUGAAAUAACAAACGUUGCUUAUGAGUAUGGCAAGAAUUUUGGAAUAGCUUUACAGCUAAUCGAUGACAUUCGUACAUUCUCAACAACCGCAAGAUUGGAUAAGUACCAACAUUCGAACUGGUUGACUGCACCAGUUUUAAUUGCUUGGGAUGAAUACCCAGAGCUGAAAAUUUUACUCGAGCGAGAAUGCAAACAUGAAGGAGAUGAGGAGAAGGCUCGAUUAUUAGUGUACCAAAGUUCUGGUUUGAAGAAAACUCUAGAGUUUGCAAAAAUGCAUAUAACAAAAGCAAUAUCAGCUAUAGAAAAGUUACCAAGCUCAGAUGCUCAAAUAGCACUCGUCCAACUAGCUAACAAUUUACCCACAAAGAAGGGAUAG